AUGAAAGUUAAUGCGAGCAAGACGAAGUUGUAUUUUCUUCGGGAUAAAAAAUACGAACCCCCUUUCUUUCUUCUACAAUGGCGCGUCUGUCGCCACGAAGUAUCUCCCGACCCGGUUGGGAACUGCAUUCCGGAACUACCGCGGAAGGGGCUCUCAUGUAGCGCACCUGCAAAAGCAGAUCAAUCAGCGGCUCAUGCAGCUAGCNCUGCAUUCCGGAACUACCGCGGAAGGGGCUCUCAUGUAGCGCACCUGCAAAAGCAGAUCAAUCAGCGGCUCAUGCAGCUAGCGGCCGUCUCGUCCUGCAGCUGGGGGCCAAAGUGA